AUGGUCGGUGACCCAAAAUCGGGAGAAUAUGCAGCACCUGAAAAUCCUGAAACUGAGCCUAAAAAAGAUAGAGAAAAUAGAUUAAAAAAUAAAAGAAAUGCUAAAUAUAGAUAUUAUCAAACAUUAGAAGAAGGAAAUUCAGGACCUUCAACAAGAACAAGAUCUAGAACUUCUAAAACAUCAUCAGACUCAAGAUCAAAAACAAAAGAAGGUCAAAGAGAUAGACAACGAGCACAUAGAGCUUCUUUAAGAUAUUGUAGUUUAGAUGAAUAUCAGGAGGAGGUCGAAGAUAAUAAUAGGGAUAAUAAUGAAGAUGAUGAUGGAGAUAAUGAUGGGGAUGAUGAUGAAGAUGAUAAUAGAGAUGAUGAUGGAGAUAAUGAUGGGGAUGAUAGUGGGGAUGAUAGUGAUGAUGAUGAUGACGAUGAUAAUGAUGGGGAUGAUAAAAAAAACAUUGGUGGACAUAGUGUGGGGAAAAUGAACAUUGAAUGUAAAUAUUGUGGGGCAUUAAGAUGGAAGGGGGAAAAACCAAGACUUUGUUGCAUGAAUGGUGAAGUUGUAUUAGCACCACUUCAAGCACCACCACCAAAAAUUCUUUAUUUUCUUACAGAAAAAGAUCCAAUAUCUAAA